AUGUUUGGUCACCAUUGCGUGAUCACAGCAGAACAGCGAGUGUCAAAAUGGUGGGAGUUGACGGGAGAAGGUCGGCAGGUUGCAGAAAACGGCAGCCACGAGGCCCUGCUGUACCACGCUAUUCCACCAGAGGGCAUCCUGCAAAAGCAACUCAUGGAGAGCGUUCCCAAUGCCAAGGUCGGCUUCAGUAACGCCAUGAAGAAGAAAUGGAUCCAGAUGGACAAGAAGGGAGCCAACGGACCCGUGGUGAAACAGGCGGUGAGCGCUAUUGAGGACGACGUACAGAGAACUGUUCAAGACAUCCAGGCCAACCAAGGUGAAGGUGUCGACAACAAGGUCAAGCAAGAGAUGAAGAAACGCAAACUCAUCCAAGAAGUAACCAUGAACAGUUUUGUCCUGAGGAAGGGGAGUGGGUUUAGUACCUCUGUUACCAAACUGGACACAGACCUCACUCCGGAGAUGAUCAACAGCGGUCAGUGGAAAGAGAAGAAGUUUAAGCCGUACAACUUCGAUGCGCUCGGUGUUCCCCCAGCCAGCGGACAUCUCCACCCUCUACUGAAGGUUCGCGCUCAGUUCAGACAGAUCUUCCUGGAGAUGGG